GCUUCCAUUUGUAUGACAAGUUGCCGCACAUAUUCCCUGAGAGUUGUCUUCUGAUCACUUUGGGCAUCCUUGUGGGUGUUACCCUCUACUUUACGGAGACGGCCAGUAGCCAACAGUACAGCCUUGACGCCAACAUCUUCUUCCUAUUCCUGUUGCCGCCAAUCAUCUAUGAUGCCGGCUACAACAUGCCUAACCGCGCCUUCUUCAACAAUAUGGGCACUAUUCUGCUGCUGGCUGUGCUUAACACCUUGUGGAACACCUUUGGCAUCGGUGCUGGCCUGUGGACCAUGUGCUACCUGGGCUGGAUUGACCAGAAGAUCAGCAUCUUCAACUGCCUGAUCUUCAGUGCCCUCAUCUCUGCCGUGGACCCUGUUGCUGUGCUGGCCAUUUUUGAAGAGAUCCAGGUCAAUGAGAUUCUGUACAUCCUGGUCUUUGGGGAAUCUUUGCUCAACGAUGGAGUCACUGUGGUGCUGUACCGUAUGAUGGAAGGUUUUGCAGCCAUUGGAGAGAACAAUGUACAGCUGGUGGACUUUGCUGCUGGCUUUGCCCAGUUCUUCGUCGUCGUCAUUGGGGGAACCCUCAUUGGGGUCCUGUACGGACUCAUGGGAGCUUUCAUCACCAAGUACACAGAUCACGUGCGGGUCAUCGAACCUUUGUUUAUAUUUGUGCUGGGAUACCUGGCUUACCUGACUGCUGAGAUCUUGGGAAUGUCAAGUAUACUAGCAUUGACCUUUGCGGGCAUCAUCAUGAGACAGUACACAGAGGCCAACAUGGCCAAGAAGUCCACCACGACGGUCAAGUACUUCAUGAAGAUGCUGGCCACUAUCUCUGAGACGGUCAUCUUCAUGUUCCUGGGACUGUCCACAGUCAUGGACUCGCACGACUUUCACCUGGACUUUAUCAUGUUUUCCUUGUUGUUCUGCCUCAUUUUUAGGGUAACAGGUGUAGUGCUGUUGUCUUUCAUCGUGAACCGACGCCGCUUGAUUCGUCUGACUGCCAUUGAUCAGUUUAUCAUGUCUUAUGGAGGUCUGCGAGGCGGCAUCGCCUUCUGUCUGGCCUUGCUGUUGAACAAACACCACGUGCCAGAGAAAGCCAUGUUUGUCACCACCACUACUGUCAUAGUCUUCUUCACUGUCUUCGUUCAGGGGAUCACCAUCAAGCCUGUAGUGAAUGCCCUGAAGGUGGAGCGAGCGGAAGAGAAAGAUCCCUCGAUGAGUGAGAUGAUCCACAAGCGGUUCAUUGAUCAUUUGAUGGCUGGAGUGGAGGAUAUUGUUGGCAAGAAUGGUCACAACUCCUUCCAACACAAGUUUGACUACUACAACACGAAGUACCUGAAGCCCCUGCUGCUGCGAGAGAAACCCAAGAGCCGUAACCCUUCCAUUGUGCGCACCUUCACCAAACUGAGCAUGCAGGAUGCCAAGGCUGCUGUGAUGUUUUCUCAGGGGAUGAACCGGGACCGCUCCUUCUCUCAGAUCCUCUCCUGCAGCCCUUCCACUGCCAACUUGUUCAGAAGGGCAACUAUUUCUGUCCCAUCUGCCAGAGACAGGGAAACUGUGGUUAAUCUCAGCACUUCAGGUCCCAUGCUGACGAAAUCCAUAGGGGAAGACGUGACUCUGCGGGGCAUCUUACAUGACUCUCUCUUUGACUCCAGGAGCACU